AUGGCUGUAGACUCAUGGACGAGAAAACUAAGAUCUGCCGUCUCCUCCACUCUCGUCUCCCUACGUUCGACGACUGCCGGCUCCGCCCACGCCAAGUCUAAGUUGGUGGGCAUCCUCGCCUUCGAGAUCGCCAGCCUCAUGUCGAAGCUUCUCCAUCUCUGGCGCUCCCUCUCCGACGCUCGCCUGCACCAUCUCCGUCAACACGCCAUAUCCCUCCGCGGGUUGCGGAAGAUCGUCUCCGACGACGCUUCCUUCCUCCUCGGUCUCGCAAGGGCCGAGUUGAUCGAGUCGCUCCGCCUCGUAGCAGCGGCAGUGUCGGGGUUGGCGGCGCGGUGCGCCGACCCGGGCCUCAGACGCUUUGGCAUCUGUUUCAUGGAGUUCGCUGAAUCGGGCUCCGAUCCCCACCGGUGGGCAAUGAGCUGGAAGGAGAUGGACGCCAAGGCCAAAAGGAUGGAUCACCACGUAUCGACCACGGCGGCGCUCUACAGGGAGAUGGAACGGCUGUCCGAGACGGAGGAAGCUAUGAGGAAGCAAGCCCACUCCGGCGAUGGAGACGACGGCGCCGCCCUCCGGCAGACGCUAUUCUGUCAGGAGCAGCGGGUUAAGUGCCUCAAGGCGUCGUCACUGUGGGGGAGAAGCUUCGACGGUAUCACCCAUCUUCUGGCUCGCUCGGCCUUCACUGUGCUCUUCAGGAUAAACCACGAAUUCGGUCACCUCAGCUCCUCCCCCUGCAAGCUUCAGGUGCCACCGCCCAUUCCACGCCGUCACUCCUGCUCCGCCAUCGUCCACCCCUCCGCCGACCUGCCGCCGGAGUCUUUCCCCUCCACAACGCGGAAGCAGCAGGAGCUCGGCUUCUUCGAGGCCAAUGCGGCGGCUCUUCGGCCGCCAGCGGACACCCUCGGCGCCGCCGCGAUGUCAUUGCACUACGCAAAUAUCAUCCUUCUCCUCGACAAGAUGAUCAAGGCCCCGCGUUUGAUCCCGUUCGACGCGAAGCACGGCCUCUACGCCAUGCUCCCCGCGAGCUUGCGGGCUCUUCUGCGGGCUCGACUGCGCGGGGUCGGCAGGAACCCCGCCGCCGGCGACGCGGCGCUCGCCGGUAAGUGGCGGACGGCCAUGGCGCGGAUCAUUUCAUGGCUAUCGCCUCUGGCCCAUAACACGGUGAGGUGGCAAGCGGACCGGAGCUUGGAGCAGCGGUGGGGCGUGACAGUUCCAAGGACCGACGUCCUGCUGCUGCAAACACUGUGGUUCGCCGGCAGGGAGAAGACGGAGGCGGCCAUCGCGGAGCUCCUCGUCGGUCUCAACUACGUGUGGAGGUUCGAGAUGGAGUUGAAAACGGAAGGAGCCACCUCGUUCUCGGCGGAGGAAUCCCAUCUUCGAGGCUAG